AUACUUAUACCUAGGACCCAGGAAUAGGUGGCGUUCUCUAGGGAUGCUGGUUUGUAUUCUUCUUAUGGUAACCGGACAGUAACCGCUGCUUGCAUUUGAUUAGAAAUUUUUAGAAAGGAAUUCCUAACUUCAGUUGUUUCAAAUAAACGAGCCAGUUUUUAACUGUCAUUAAUUUCAAAUAUAUCUGAGGUUACGUAUUAAAUUCAUUUUCAUAUUAAUUAUGAUUUUAAAGUUAUUAAUUGAAAUUUAAGUUAUCUUCAGCUACAUUUUACUUUAUUAUUGGUGGUGUUCACCUGCUCAAUUUUCAAUCUCAAUAAAACCGAGAUUUUGUUAUUGUUUUUAUUUUUACGAUUUAAAGACUUCAAUUUUUAUGGCUGACGAGUUUGAUUUAUCUUUAUUCAAUCAAUUUGAAGAGGAGCUUGGUUCUUCAUUAAGACAUUGCCGUAAUGCAACACGCAAGCUUAAACAGCUAACAAAAAACAUUGUUGAAUUAAAGUUAAAUAAUCAACUUGAAGUAUCUUAUAAAGAGAAUGAUAUUGAUUUGAGUGUAAAAAAUAUUUUAGAUGACAUUCAAAAUAUACGCGUUAAAGUAGAUACAGUUGAAACGAUAGUCGAUACUUCUAAAAAUACUAUAUUCAAUCUUACAGAAACCGUACAAGAAUUUGAAAAUAUAGUUCAUAUUUUAUUGGAAAAUGAAAGAACAAUAUUUUCUCAUCGUAAUUUAUUAUAAUUUUUGUGAAAAGUAACCUCACAAGACAAAUCAACAAAAUUAUUAAAGAAAAAAAGAAUAAUAAUAUUGACAUUAGUGUAUACAUUAUAUGUAUUUAUUGAUUAUUAUUAAAAACCCUUUGUCAUUAUGUCAUUUAAACAAGAUUAUAAUAGUUCUAACAAGGAUCUUAGAAAUCUUAGGGAUUGGUUGGACAAAUAUAUUAAUGAGUCAUGGUUUAAAGAUCCAUAUGCAGAGUUUGACUCAGAAGAUGUUAAUUGAUAAGUUGUUUCAGAUAUUUUGUUGCAAAGUGAUAUAUUGAAUUUACCAAAACAAACUACAUCAACCGCUGAA